AUGUGGGGCCUGCUGGAUGCCAACUCCCAGGUGCCAAACUCGCCCCUGGCCCUGCUCAAGCGCAUGACAUCCCCCGAGUUCCUGGCCCGGGCCGUCGCCGAGGAGGAGAAGCUGGAGCGCAGCUACCGCGUGCACGAGGGCUGCCCCUGGCCGGCCCCCCGCCCCCUCUACGUGCUGGCGCUGAGCGAGGGCGGGCCAGCAAGCGGGGCGCCCGGCGCGCUGCACACGCUGCGCACCCGCCUGCCGCUGGCGGGCGUCCAGGACGAGCUCAACCAGGCCAUGGGCUGGAGCAGCCCGCGCAUCGCCUGCAGCCGGGUGGCAGACGGCGUCGUGGCUUUCCAGACCCUGGUGGCGGCCGAGGCCUACGCGGCGGAGCUGGAGGAGGCGCGGGGGCUGCCCCAAGCCUCAGUGGCGGUGGUGGAGACCGCGUCGCACGCCCUCUUCCGCAGCACGGCCGCCGCACAGGCGGUCGUCGUGGUGCUGGCCGACGAAGCGGACGGCAGCGGGCCGCCCGGACCCCUGCAGCUGGCGGGGGCGCUCCUGCGCCGGACCCGGGAGGAGCGCCUCAAGUAG